GAUGCCAAGGAGCCCUCCUCUGCUCAUUUCUUGGCCUGUGAAAUUGUCAAGUGCGUUCGAACGUACAAACAAAUCGACCUAGAAUUAUUAUGUCAGGCUAAAAAAUAUGAAGUUAUUGGCGAUGAUAUGAGAUUUAUUGAGAUGAUACUUUACUGGCAUUGCAUCCAGCACAAAUUUUCUCCACAUCAAAAUCUUUCACUCUUCAAACCCACGAGACCAAAUUUGGCAACAUCACCCUUUCACUCAUCGAACGACUAAUAAUAUCAUCUUGAAGUUUCAAGAUGAACGCCCUUCCGUCAGAUCCAAUAACAGACUUGUUGACUACGUAUAACGAGCUCAACUCAUCCACAAUAACUAUUCUGGAUGAGGCACCUUCGGCCCUCGAAUUUAUGCGCUUCGUCGCCUUGAACCGGCCAUUCAUAGUACGAGGCUUCGCUUCGGAUUGGAAAGCAACAUCUACUUGGUCACUGUCUCAUCUCAGAUCUACACUCUCGUCACAUGAAGUGAACGUAGCAGUGACCCCCCACGGAAAUGCCGACUCUCCUACCCUAAACGACGACGGAGAGUUGGUUUUUGUCAAGCCUUGGGAGGAGUCUCAAUCUUUUCCCGAUUUCGUCGAUUUUGUCUCGCAGCAAGAAUUGCACGAGAGAAACGAGGAAGAAGUGAGAUAUGCGCAAACACAGAAUGACAAUCUUCGCAAUGAAUAUUCUUCAUUGUUCUCUGAUGUCGAACAGGACAUAUCCUUCGCUAGGAUAGCACUCCAACAAGAUCCCGAUGCCAUCAAUCUCUGGAUAGGGAAUUCGCAUUCCAUCACGUCCCUCCACAAAGACCCUUACCAAAACAUUUACGUUCAGAUUCUCGGACAAAAACAUUUUACUCUACUUCCCCCUCUCUUUCACCCCUGCAUCAAUGAAGUACCUCUUUCGUCCACCUCCUACGUCCGUUCUACGUCCGACCCCGCCACCCUCAAUAUCGAACCAGAUUCGCCCUCAGUAGAGUUGCCCGUCGCAACCUGGGAUCCAGAUGUGCCAUCCAGAAACCCUACGAAGUACUCGCAUCUCGCUCAGCCAAUGCAUGUGACUUUGGAGAAGGGAGAUAUGCUGUACUUACCAGCAUUGUGGUAUCAUAAAGUAGGGCAAAGUUGUGGAGAGGAUGGCAUUUGUGUUGCUGCUAACUACUGGUACGACAUGGAUUUCGGGGGAAGCUUUUGGCCUUUGUGUAAUUUCGUUCGAAGUGUCAGCUUACAAGACGAAGCGAAAAGAGAAAGUACAGCAUAGCUUGAUUGGAAAUAGAUUCAGUCUUUUCGUUAAAGUUUGGGUAUGCACGAAAAGAAAGUGGUGUGCGAAUAGAACCA